AUGAAGAAACCAAUAUAUUGGACAACCUUCUUUGGUCUAUGGCUUGCAUCUCUUGAUUUAAGUCGAGGGAAAAACACUUUGCAUAAUAUAAAGGAACAUUAUAAAGAGUCGACAUUUGUAUCGUUCGAUCCGAAUUUGAACAGAAACAAAACGUUCAAUCAUAAGGGCGUGAGAAAAAAGACUUUUAAAAGUCUUGAACGUGACAGUGCACAGGAGUUCGAUAAAGCAAUUAGCAAAUCCAGGGGGGAAAGUUCUACAGGAAUAGUUGAAUCUAGUAGUUCUUCAUUUGUAACCUUAGGAAGUGCUAGUCUUAAAAAUGAACUUUCUGGAAAUGAUGAGGGUGUAGUGCUUUUAAGAACCGAAGAUGGGCUUAGUGAAACCGAAAAAGAUUCAGGCAUAUUGCAGAAAAGUGAAAGAUUUGAUGUGAAGAACGAAAAAUUGACAUCAAACUAUAAACCCGUUUUAGAAGAUUAUGUGAAUGAGCUGAUAGAAUCUGAUCCAUAUUUCUCGAUGGAGAUUGACUAUGUUAAUCUACAAUCUUUAAAGGAAAUUACACAUCUUAUUCCAGAGGGGAAAGAAUACCACAAGUUCUACAAUGAGGAGAUGGAUAAAAAAAUCACACAGUACACAAAUAUAUUAGAGGAUCUGAUAAAAAAGUACAUUGAAGCAAAAUAUGAAGUGAUAAGAAUGAGUGCUCUCGUAAAAAUUCGUAAAAAGGAUGGUACAGAAAUGAAGGAUGAAGUUGAGAAUGUAAAAAAAUUAGAAUUAGCAAAGGAGAAAUAUGAAAAGUACAUGCAAGUAUAUAAUAAGGACAUAAAACCUAUUGUACAAGACGUUAAAAAUAAGGUAUAUGAGCAGUUAAAACAAUCCAGCUGUACGCACACGUGCCAUGCUUACCUUUCGAAUUAUGAGCGUGUUCUUAACAAAUAUAUACAUAGCAUUGAACACACUACUGACGAGUCCCUUGUUACUGUCGCUAAAAGUAUUAACGAUUAUAAUUCUCUGGACAUUGUAUUAGAAUAUGCAGAAAGGGAGAAUAUAGACAUAAAGGAGAAUGUGUACCUUUUGAAGUUAUUAGGCGAAGAAGUAACAGAUCUUAACUCUGUAUAUGUCAUUAACAGGUCGCUAAUUAGUGACGCGAAUAAAGUUCUGCAGGACAUAAAGGAAAAUGGUAUAUUAUUUCAUACGAAGGAGGAUAAAAUAAUAAACAGUACAAAAGAAUUAGUAGAUAACUAUUGUGUGUUUCAUCAUAUAAUGAUUUUGAAUAUUCCAAUUAAAAAACUAUACGAAGAAAAGAUACAAAAGUCUAACGAUUUAUUUUCUAAAAUUAUGGAGAAGUUAAAAGAUGAAGCUCAUAAAUUAAUCAAUUCCCUAUUUGCCGAAGAGGAAAGUAAUAAAAUUCUUAAGUCGUCAGAACAAAUUGUCCGAUAUGCAGAAAAAAUGCUUGAGAAAAAUAAAGAAAAACUAGACUUUUUUAGGAGGUAUCCAGAAAUAAGAACGAAUCCUUCGCUGGAAGAAUUGCAAUAUGAUUUUAUUGAACAAGAAGAAACGAAGAAAGGAAUAUUAAGCACAGCUGAGUUAAUCGACUACACAUACAAUAAAGUGUUCCAUGUGUACAAAAUUAAUCAUUUAAAUAAAUUAAACGAAAUAUCUCAGUUCAAGGAUAGAAUAACGAAGGGAAACUUACUGUUGGAUGAAAUAUCUGAAAUAAAUAAGAAGUGGAAUCGUCUGAAGCAAAAUAUUGCAACAUUGAAGAAUUUGCAUGAGAAUAUGGUAAAUAUGAAACAGAGAAUGGUUGAAAUAGAAAUAAAUGUGGACAACCCUUCUAAGGUGCAUGAAUUGAAGGAAAAGGAAAGGAAGCUUUCACAAUACACUGAAGAAAUUAAGGAAAAAAUUAAAGACAUGAUAAAUAAAAUGCAUAAAUUAAAGGAAAUCAUCGUUUUAAGAGAUAAAGCCAGUCAAGAUAUUAUAACGAUUAACGAAUUACUGAAUGGAGGGUUGAAUGUCAAUCUGGAUGAAUACAUAAAUAAAAAGAACAAAGCCAAUGAUUAUAUUAAUUCUAUAUUUAAAACAUUGUACAACGAAAAUGAAUAUGAUCUUAUCGACACAGUUGAUGCGCUUGUUCGUGAAAACAGCAAAAUUGUAGACGAAACGUUUUCUAUUAAAGAAAUUGACCAAGUGGAACAACAUCUCCGUGAAAUAAGGGUGGUUCAUGCUAAAUUAGACACACUGACUCACGAAAAUUUGAUACAUGUCUAUGAUAAGUUAAGAGAAGAAGUGAACAAUACCGAAAAUCUUAAAAAUGAUCUUGGUAAGAAGAUGAGCGUAGAUCUAUACAACAAUAUGACAGAAUAUUUGGAAACAUUUAAAACUGAGAAUGAUGUGUUAGUACAAAAUAUGGAAGAAUACGAACGGGAAGAACAAAUAUUAGAACAGUGUAUGGAGAAAACUUUGAAAAAGGAGGAAGAAGACUUCAAGACGUUACACGUGGAUGGAGAAGCUCUGAAUGAUGCAUUCAAUUGUACUGGAUUCGACAACCUGAAGAGCAGUGUUUCCCAAAGGGAAGGCUAUAUUUCACAAAGAAUUGACCAUGUUAAGGGUGUGGUAACUUAUAUACAGCAGCUUUUAAAAUUUUACAGUGAUUUGGAGAAGCAUUUUUAUUUACUGGGCGAUAAAAAUUAUGUGCAACGUGUGGAAACAUUGAGAAGAAAUGUUCAGACCGAUAUUAUGAAUAAAAAAGUAAGUAUUCAAGAGAAUAAUUUCGCAAGAAUAACUCAAUCUAUACACAAGGCAAUCAAAAUAACCGAAUGUUUAGACAAAACCAUACAUUUUCAUAAACAAUUAAACAGGAGCAUAAGAGAAUGUGAAGACAUUAAUGAAUCGAUCAACAAUUUAAAAGGAAAAACAGUCGCGUUAAAGGGUGAACUGCAAAAGGAAAUUGAUGAGAUUAGAGCAGAUCAUCUGAUAAGUGAAGCUGUAAGAAUUGCAAUACUGGAUAAGUUGGAAGCAGAACUAGGAAGUGUAAACAUCAAAUUAAAUGAGACUCACAUGGAUGAUUUGCUCAAAAGAUCAACUUAUUUGAACAAAUUCUACAGAGAUUCCAAAAGCGAUUUACACGCAAAGAGGCAGAAAUACCCUGUGCACGAUUUUUUAGAAAAAGUAAAUGACUGGGCACAAAUUAAAAUGGCAGCCCACGAGUUACAUGCCCAUUAUAGUUCAUUUAACGACAAUAAGGAUAAACUAAUUAUAACUAAUUCUCGCAUAUACUUACAAUCGAUAUACAACCUUAUAAAAGAAUUGGUACAGGAAACAAAGGAGGAGAAGGAAAAAAUGGAGAGAUCUUUAAAGGGGAUAGAAAAAAACUUAGAACCUAUUGAGCUGAACGAGCAUUAUAAAGAUGCUAAGGUUACGGACAAGGAAAAUGGUAUAAAGAAUAUAAAAGAAGACAUUAUUCCCCAAAUUAAGAAACGAAUUGAUGAAUGUAGCAGUGAACUGGCUAAAAUCGAGGAACAAUCGGAUAAUUUACAAAACAGUUACACGAAUCAAGGAAGUGAUAUUACUCACUUGCUUGACAUGAUAAGACAAAUGAAGGGUGCUUACGAGGAAUUAAAAAAGAUACCUACUCUGUUGUACAAAGAGAGGGACGAAAUAAGGAACACUGAAGAAACUGUAAGCAAGGUUCGAUUGGCAUACGAGAGAACACUAAUUGAGGAACUUUUAAAAAGGAUUACUCAGAAGAGGAAUGAAGGGGAAAUGCGAACACAACAAAUUAACGAACUUGUUAAACAAAUUGAGGGGAUAGCAAAAGUAACAGGUGAUAUUAUUGACCAAGAAUUAUCCAUGACAAACUUCGAAAAUUAUCUUCACGAUGUUAAAAACAAGGGCGAGGAGAUAAGGUACAUGGAGGACUUAUCCACCAAACUGAGCGAAGAUGCUACCAAUGUUGAUGUCAUAAGUGAAGUCAUAAAAAUUAAAGAACAGGUUUACGCACAUUUGGAAAAAGUCGCGAGAAACUGCAACCAUGUAAGCGAGGCACUGAACCAAAUUAAAGAAAUGAAAGAACUAAUAUUGUCAGAGAAUUAUAACAAUGUUAUUAACUUUAUGGCUAGGAAUGAAAAUGAUGCUAAUAAAUAUAGAGAAUUGAUAAAACUGGAAUUGCUAAAAUCUGAGGAUGCCACUGAACAUGUGAUAAUGAGAUUUGAGGAAGCAAAGCAGUUAAAAGAAAAAAUCAAGACAGAUAUAGAUGAUGAGGGGGUAGAUAAUAUCAUCAAAGAAAUUGAAAAAAUAAGAAAAGUAAUUUUGAAUGAAAUAAAAGAUACUAGCACAUUUUUAACAAAGGCAGAAAACGACAAAGAAAAUUGUCUUCUACAUUUCGAGAAUGUAAAGGUGGGGAAAGAAGUAUUUGAUUACUUAAAAGAGCAUGGUGAUGAUGAACACAAAAUAAUAUCACACCAAGAGAUAAAUAUGAUACAAGAAAAUGUGACAACAGUAAAACAGCACUUGGAUGAAGCUGACAAAGAUGUGGAACAAACGAAAAUAUAUUAUUCCUCUAUUUUGAAGUAUAAAGAGUUAAUCAAUGACCUGUUAAACGAAGCCCUAAUUGGAGAAGUCAAAAUAAAAUGCCAGAAAUUGAGAAUAGAAGUAGACGGAAUAAUGGACAAUAUGGAACGCGUAAAUGUUAAGACCAAGGAAGAGUCCAUAAAACAAACACAAAAGGUAAAACAAAUGAAGGAACAAUCCAUUGUUGAGAGUGAUCAGCCUAAAGAACUUAACGAACAGUCUAUGGACGCAUUGUUACAAAUAAAAAAUUAUAGACAGAAAUUAGACAACGUUAUGUUAAGUAUAAAAAGUGUGGAAGACAACAUGGAGGAGUUUUUAAGGAACGCUGGUAAUUAUGUGAAGUCAACACUAAGUAUCUCUCAAGUGCAAAAUGAAAAUUCGUUCUAUAUGUUGAAAGCGGCGGAGGAAAAGUACAAAGUAGUUUUGAGAAAUGUUCAGAAUGAAGAGCAACGUAUGAUAAGUGAGGAACAAAAAUUAACUGAAAUGUAUGGGGAUGUCAUUUCAUUAGAAAAGGAAUUGGAAGAACAAAAAAAAAGAUACGAAAUGGGAUUAUUGACAGGGAUAAAAGAGAAUGCUGACAAAAGAUUGGCGGCGUUGGAAUUAACCAAAGGGGAAAUUAACACUUUGGUAGAUCCGUCCAAAUCCAUAUUUUUUAAAUUCAAAUUGGACAAAUUAGACGACACACAUAUAAAGAAUUAUUUAAAUCGCUAUUCUCAUAGAAUGAACCAUAUUUUUAACGAAUUCAUGAAAUUGUAUACAUUGCUAGAAGGUUACUUAUCCCAGAAUUCUGAGCCUUCUGUAACAUAUAAUGAAGUUAAAAUCGUGAGGGAGAAAGCGCAAAAGGAAGAGAGGAGCCUUGGAGAAAAAUAA